CGCGGUGGUUCCUGUACGAACCAUUUAUUGAUAUGUGUGCUAUAUACUUUGCUGGGUAUCGCUGGCGAAUAUAGACAGUGAUUUUUCUCGUCUGUCCCUAGCGGCUACACGGUUCGUUCCGAAAACGGAACGCCCAACGCCGCGCUCCACGUGUCCUAGGAGGCGGCGAGUCGAUUCUCUCGGGAGGCGUCCUCAUCGACCACUCCAUUCAUUGUUAGACUUUGUUCGAAUCUUGUCACUCUCGUCUCUUUUUUCCACUAGAAACUUGCGUCUAGUUGCACGGAGACCGUCUGCAAGAGUCUUGGUAUACGGGCUUGUGUUUCAACUUUCCGACAUGAACAAGAAUCCGUUUGCUCAGGCGGCCUACAACCCCCAACCACCACUUCCGCCAGGUCCACCUCCACCCCAGCCAGCACAACCUGACUACUCUGCAUAUUGGGCAGCAGCAGCGGCUCACCAGCAGGCUCAAGCGCAGGCCCAUGCUCAGGCUCAUGUCGCCCAACCAGCCUAUCCAGGCGCGUGGCCCGGUGCUCAGCAACCAGCCACUCCAGCAGCCACUCCUACAGCUGCAGCGAGUCAGGCUCCCGCUCGGCCCACUGCUGACCAGACGGCACUCUACGCAAACUACGGCUACGGCGGUCAACAAGGAUACCAGCAGUGGCAGCCUCAGCAACAGCCCGCGCAACCCCAACACCAGCGUGCCCCGCAUGCUCACCAGCAGCCUGCGUACCAGCAACCUCCGCCGCCGCAACCCCAGCCGCCGCCGCCCCAACAAUACGCGUACCAGCCGCAACAGCCGGCAGCAGCGGCUCCGUAUGCUCCACAAUACUCUGCACCCGUUCCGCAGAUGCAGGCGCCGCCCAUGGUGCAGCAACCCUAUCCUCCACAGCAACAACCACCUCCGCAACAGCAGCAACAACCAAAUCGGUCAUUUUAUGGAAACCAGGGCCAGCGAGGUGGACGAGGCGGAGGCCAGGUCCAUUAUCGCAAUCAAGGCGAUCAUCACGGCUCUCCCAAUCAUCCUCACCCAAACAAACGCCUGAGGACAGAUGGCUCUGGCGGCGGGUACAAGCAGAACUACCAGCAGAGUUAUCAACAACAGGCACCCCCUCCUCAAUUCCAGCCUCCUCCCCCUCAGCCUGCUCCGGUGCAGAGUCAGAUGAUGCAGAUGGCCCCGCCUCAGCAGAUGGGUAGUCAUGAAGGUGGGUAUGGUGGAGGUGGGCGUGGUGGGAGAGGUGGCGGACAGCAGAUGGGCAGAGGCGGUAGUCAGAGUGGACGUGGUGGAAGGGGCCGAGGAGGAAGCACGGGAAAUGUCAGGGGUGGCAGCAUGCGUGGCAGGGGUGGAAGUCAAUACGGCGAUAGCGGCAGAGGAAGGGGAGGAAGUCAGGGAGGGGGCUCGUUCAAAAAUCCGGCCGCACGGGGCAACUACUCGAACAACAACCAGGAUUACGGCAAUCGCCGGGGUGGAGGAUCGUUCUCCACUCGCGGAGGACGUGACGGAGGAGACAGGAAAUACGAUGGUGGAGGAGGCCAUGGCGGAUUCUACUCCCAGGGUAGUAACCCGCCCUAUCGUGGGCGCGGACAAGGUCAAGGCUACUCUCAGAAUUUCGGUGCACGUCGCGACCGUCAAGACGGCGGUCCUCACGGGAACUGGCACUACAACAGACACGAAAACAAGUCUAUGUCCUCUAGCUUCGCGAGCGCUUCUGGUGGUGGUCACGGCGGUAAGAAGGAGGAGAGUCACCGUCGUACCUUUACUGAUUUCAAGAUCGCUGGUCUUGAGAUUCGAGAGCUCUCUUGGACUUGGAGCAAUUCGUCUGCGAUCAGCCAACCCGCUGUCGCGAAGACCGACUCUGCCGAUGCUGAGAAGCCUACGCCUUCCUUUGUAGAAGGCGGUGUUUCAGCGGAGAAUAAAGAUCCAAACGCUGCUCCUGCUAACGGCUCUGUCGUUGUGAAGAACGAGAGCGCUGAUCACUCAGUUCCAAAUGGCCAAAAUGCUUCAGAGGCCAAGUCCUUCACGGACAUGCCGGCGCCAACGCCGCCUUCACGCAUCAGAAUCUAUUUCCAUACACCCGUCACAGACGCUGAUUCCCGUCCUCUUUACGGCUCCUUUGCUGAGGCUAGGAAGGCUAAACGUAAAUUCGCUGAGUCGGAGGAUGGGGAGAACCAUCUCUACCCGCCUCCUUCCAGUCACUCUGACUAUGGUCACUUUGAUCAGCGGGCGAGUACUGCCCCAAGUGUGGCGGAGACAACGAGCGAGGGCGAUUGGCUUUUAGCAGCGAUUGGCCAGGAUGACGAUGAGAUUGAUGGUGAAGACAUGGGCCUUCAUGUCAGUGAGGUCGGUCCUCAUGAUGAAGGCGAAGAGCACACAUAUGAGGAAGGCAACUGGGAGGGCGAGGAUAACGAGAACGGCGGCUAUGACGAGUCUGGUGAGUCUUCCCUCAAAGGCCAUUAUGAGGGAAAUGAGAGCCAAGAUAUGGCUAGUGGCAUGAAUGGAGAUGGACACUAUGAAGCGCAGGAGGACGAUGCCUCCGUUGCGGCCGCUCUUGCCGCUGAUGACCCGGCCUUUGCUCAGGCAGAGGGCGGUGAUGACACCCAUGCUUCCGGCGCCGACGCCACUCUUUCUGCCAAUGGGCUUCACGGUUCCAACGUCGCUGUGUCUUCCGAAGAUUCCACUUCCAUCGCUCCCUCGAACGGGAUCGAUGGAGCCUCUGUGCCUCCGCCGCCCGCUCCAGAGCAUGCUCCUGUGUCUUCCUCAGAUCCUUCCCUUCAUCAGCCUCCCGCCUCUGACGUGCAGUCUACCGCACAUGACCACGUCAACGCUUUGGAGCGUAUGCAGACUCAAUUGUCCUUUGACGAUGGUGGUGAAUCACAGAUUCAGACCCAGGAAAUUGAGGGCGCAUCUCAAGUGUCUCUGUCUGCUGAUGCGACGACUCUCAUCACUGGCCUGUCCCAAACGGGAACGAUAUCUACGUAUGGCGAGCUGAAUGAACUGCCGAUGCCUACGAAGACUGAGGCACUGUCGGGUGUACGACCUCCGUCGGCCAGCCGUUUCUUGGUUUCUUACGCCGCUGGGGCAAAGAGAAUGGUCGUUAACGCCGAGAUAGUCGAGAAACUAACAGUCUUCAGAGCUGAGGCUCGGAUUGAGGUCUCGAUUAUCAUUGAUAAAGACGACGCGAACGGUGUCAAGGGGAUGUUGUUAGAGACAUUGUCUGAUGCGACCUCGUAUGCGCCUCUCGAGGCAUUUUCCCCCGCUCUGGAGGCCGACUCUACUGUUCCCCCUCUCGCAAGGCUUUCGACUCCAACGAGAAUUACUCUCAUCAUCCAUAUCGACAAGGCACACCCGGUGUCAGAGCCACGUUGGGUCAAGACCGGUGACGUCCAAGAUUGGCUCAAAAGUAUGUUCGGUGGGCGAUUCUGGGUGGCGGGCGAUGCCGCUGAGGGAUGGGAAAAGAAGAUCGAAGUUGUUGAUCCUGAUCCUGCUCCCACGAUCUGGUCAUUACUGGAGAAUUGGACGACGCAUUCGCCCGCGGGGUCCUUGACGGAACGCCAGCGGUUCCUCAGGACGCACAUGACCGAAACCGACAACAUCCUCGAAAUCCUUCUACGACUCGUGAGAACCGAGAGGGCGUACGCUCAAACCACGCAAACGUCCACGGUAUCGAAUGUGUCUGGACCGUUGCUCAAUGCGGUAUCUCAAGGUUGGGCACACGCUGACCAGCAAAAUCACAUCUCACUCUCCGUCUUGUCUAUCUUCCGGAUGGCCUCGGAAUAUGCGAAGAAGGCCCUGGGCGAUGAAAAGGGGAAGGUCGAGGUCGAGGAGCGCCUCGGAGAAAUCAUCCAGUGCCUUCCCUCCCACCUUUUCUACAAGAGUAUGGAUGGCAUGUUCAAAGAGUGGAGAGCAGAACAAAAAGGGGGCAGAUGAUGAAUAGGGCGAUGCGGCCAACAAGGUGAAGCGGCAAGUUCUCCUUCUUUUUUCUUUCUUGUUCUACUUCGAUCUGUUUCUUUUUCUCUUCGAAGCGUGAAUAGCUUCUUCCAUUCUUCUUUCUUUCGUCGGCACAACAAACGGACAGUUCCGAUAUGAUUCGUUUUAUGCACUCGCGUUGCGUUGCGCCUGUCGUGCAUCGUAUCGGGCCCCAUGCGUUUUCAUCUUUGUCCUGUGCGGUCGGCAUUGUCUAGAAUUGUUCUCCAACCUUGAGAUAGACUCGUUCAAGAAUGCGUUCAGGGUGCUUGGGCAGACGGAGAAAUUUGGUGGCUCCAAAGUGUUCUCGACCUGGGCAUGCAUGAUGCCAUGAUGCAUACAUAUCCCCGACAAGAUUAAUACACGAUGACCAAUUUCAACUCAUGGGCUCGAAGUACAUCUUGGUUUGUCUUCUCAUCAAUGGGUGUACAAGGUCUGCGAA